AUGUCCGACAAAACCCCCUUCGAAACAGAUAUGCUAACACUCACGCGAUUCGUUAUGGAGAAGGGACGCCGUGUUAAAGGAGCAACGGGGGAGCUGACACAGCUGCUCAACUCCAUGCUGACUGCCAUAAAGGCCAUUUCCUCUGCAGUCAGAAAGGCAGGCCUUGCCCACAUGUUUGGUAUAGCUGGCACAGUGAACGUGACCGGGGACGAAGUGAAGAAGCUGGACGUACUGUCCAACUCCCUGGUGAUUAAUAUGCUGCAGUCCUCCUACAGCACCUGCGUCCUGGUCACGGAGGAGAACAAGGAGGCCAUCGUCACUCCCAAGGACAAGCAGGGUAAAUAUGUGGUGUGCUUUGACCCCCUUGAUGGCUCGUCCAAUAUAGACUGCUUGGCACCAAUAGGAACCAUAUUUGCUGUCUACAAGAAGGAAACAGAUGACGAGCCCUCUGAAAAAGAUGCUUUGCAGCCCGGACGCAAUAUUGUUGCUGCAGGCUAUGCCUUGUAUGGGAGUGCUACACUGGUUGCCCUCUCCACAGGGCAAGGAGUGGACUGCUUCAUGCUCGAUCCGGGUCUUGGUGAAUUUAUUUUGGUUGACAAAGAUGUUAAAAUCAAGAAGAAAGGGAAGGUAUACAGUCUGAAUGAAGGUUACGCAAAGUAUUUUGAUCCUGCAAUGACAGAAUAUUUACAAAAGAAGAAAUUCCCUGAGGAUGGCAGUUCUCCAUAUGGUGCCAGGUAUGUGGGCUCCAUGGUAGCUGAUGUUCACCGUACAUUGAUGUAUGGUGGUAUCUUCAUGUAUCCUGCUAAUCAGAAGAGUCCUAAAGGAAAGCUCCGACUUCUCUACGAGUGCAACCCUAUGGCUUUCAUCAUUGAGCAGGCAGGUGGGAUGGCGACUACAGGGACUGAGGCGGUGUUGGAUCUGAAACCUGAGAGUCUUCACCAGAGAGUCCCUCUCAUCCUCGGUUCUCCAGAUGAUGUGCAAGAAUACCUUGCUUGUGUACAGAAGCACCAGAAGAGCAGCUAAAGGCUUUUUAGCAUCAGACCUUGCUCAUCCGUCUUCAGUCUACAAGAAAAGCCAUACCUUUCAAGAUGGUGGAUUCUAGCAAGUAGCACCCAUCUCCGAGUGAAAAUCCCACUUUAUGAGAACAAGAAAAAUAGUGAAAAUGGCUGAUGGGAAAAACAAAAAUUUCAUUUUUUCUUGCAGACAAGUGUAAAAAAAAUCCUUUAUCUCUGAUUUAUGCAGUGCAAAUUUAGAGACAGAGGCCUGAUUAUUAAACAGGAGCAACUUACUUUAUGUAGUCUUAACAAAGCAAGUGGAUUGUGCCAGUACCCCCAUUUGAUCUGAAGCUUUACAUCUGAAACUACAUGGUUGGCAUGAUUUUCACAUCAACAUUUGCAAUGCCAUUGUCUGGAUUUUGUGUCAGAGGUUUUGUUGCAAGGUGCUUUUUAUCUUGACAGCCCUGAGAAGACCAAGUCUCAUGUUGUCAGAAAUAGUGUUUUUAUGCUUCAAAUUAUAUAUGUCUUGGGUAAUUAAUAAAGAUGAAAAGGCUGCAAUGUUGCCAGAGUAAUUCAACUCUCAUAAGAACAGGAAAAUGCCCUGUGUUAUUUACAGACAGGUAACCGUCAGUGGCACAAAUUACAAUAAACCAUU